GAAUCCUAGAUGAAAGUUUUAAACCAUUUACGAAUAUAACUAAACAAUCUAUAGAAAUUUUUAGAGAUUCGAGGAAAAAUUUCAUAUUGCCUAUGAGUACUAUGUUAAAGGAUAUUUGCGAAAAGUUUGUUCAAGAGAAACAAGAAAAGUAUAAUAGACCUUCUCAAGUAUAUGGAGAUGCAAUAUUUGGUAAAUUUUUAGAUGAACCCAAGAAAUUGAGAGAACUAACAAAUCAGAUUUUGACAGUUUUAAAUCAGGUUUGGUCUUCUUCCAAAUGGAAGGCAU